AUGGGGUGGAGUGGAGGCAUGGGUGAGAUGGGGUGGAGUGGAGGCAUGGGUGAGAUGGGGUGGAGAGGAGGCAUGGGUGAGAUGGGGUGGAGAGGAGGCAUGGGUGAGAUGGGGUGGAGUGGAGGCAUGGGUGAGAUGGGGUGGAGUGGAGGCAUGGGUGAGAUGGGGUGGAGUGGAGGCAUGGGUGAGAUGGGGUGGAGUGGAGGCAUGGGUGAGAUGGGGUGGAGAGGAGGCAUGGGUGAGAUGGGAUGGGAUCCAUAA